GCAGUUUACGAUAGGAUCUCAACACAAAAGGAAUUAUAACUUCUUUUGAUCAAUAUGAAGUUUGUAUUCCUAUUAGCCGUAUCUCUGGCGGUUGUGGCAGCAGUGGAGAAAUAUGACACGAAGAACGACGACUUCGAUGUGGCAGCUUUGGUUGCUGAUGUAGAAAAGCUGCGUCAAUUUACUGGAUGUUUUCUGGAGAAGAAUCCCUGUAAUGAUAUUUCUACCGCUUUUAAGAAGGAUUUAGGUGAAGCUAUACAAGAGGCAUGUGCCAAAUGCAGUGCUGCUCAGAAGAACCAAAUGAAGCUUUACCUGAACGGUAUCCAAGAAAAGACACCGCAGGACUAUGAGGAAUUUAAGAAGAAAUACGAUCCAGAGAACAAAUACAUGGUGGCAUUGAAUAACGCCCUCGAAAAUGCUUGAGCGAACUUUUCAAAAUUAAAUUAUUUACAGUUUUGUACU